AUGUUAGUGGGAACGCGAAGAACAGGGUCGCAGAUUGAACACAACUGGUUCUCCCCCCUUCCAGUCAAAUGCCAAAUCUUUCCAGGCACUCGACCAAACUCGCCCGCCAACAGCGGCAGCGGCAGCGGCAGCGGCAGCAGCAGCAGUGGUGGCGGUGGCGACGGCGGCGUGGAGAAGCAUGCACCGAGCGUACUGCUGAUGCGUGCAUCGGCUCCUGAUCACCUUCUAGCUGCUGCAACUCUUCGAACGCAGCUGCUGUACGAGUACCCUACUGGUUCUAGACGACCCAAUAUCACUUCUGACGGGGAGCGUAUUGGGAUUUCAGAAGCUCAGUCCACCGGUACUGGGACAUUUGGUGCAAUGGAGGAAGCCAUAAUAGCGGAUAUGUAUGGCCUUCGCCUUAAGAAUGAGUUUGACAGGGACCUUUCAUUCCGUUUGGUAAAUGCACAUGUCUUGACGUAUCUCGCCAUCUGUCCAUGGGAACAUAUGGCACAUAGAGUCCCGGUUCCUGGAGAGAGGAAUUCGACCUCCUUACUGCAAACGCCUCCGCAACUGGACUCGUCGCUAACAACUUUACCAGAUGGUGCACCAGGAGGAGUUUAUGCUGCUGUUGCGACUCUUGACAUUGAUAUGGCGGAAGAACUUUCUCACAUGAGUUCACGGCCAUGGGGCCGUGCAAUCCAUCGUGCCAUGGGAGUCGAUGCUGAUGUCCCGCUAAUCGCCAACGGGAUGGAGUCGCAACAUCCUCAAGCUCUCUCUGCAGUUGCUUCUGGUGGUACUGCCUACGUAUUCAAUCUUUGUGUGGCACCAGUAAUGCGGCGUCAGGGAAUAGCUCGUGGGCUGCUGUCAUUUGCUUUAGACGACUUGCUGGAGCAGAGGGCAACUUCGUCAGUCCAUGUUCAUGUAGAAGUGUGCAACCAUCCAGCAGCAAAACUCUAUAGCUCGCUUGGUUUCAACUUAGUUCAUGAAGAGAGCCUAGAGGAUGAGGAAAUGCUUCAACGACCUAGAAGGUGUCUACUCUCUUUCUACCCUGUAAGCUAA